AAGAUCAAGGAGAGGUUUGGGGUUGGGGGGGGGGGAGGUUGUGUCUGAUUCUUGUAGUACUUACAAACCAACACAAGAGGGUAGUAUUUACAUAGGAAAGCAGCUCACGAGCUUGGUGGUGAAGAAAAACAGGUACUGUAGAGGCUCUUUCUGUUCCCCUAUUUAUUUUUCUGCCUUAGGCAGAGUUCAGUGCCGUAUAAGCAGACUUCUGCAAGAAUGGGAUAAAUAUACUUGUCGUCAUAUCAAACCAGUUGGUUUGUGCUAGUUCCCACUGGCAAUAAAAAUUUUCACACUGGACAUUUCUGCUGGUGGGUGGGCAGAGAAGGGCAAGAAGCUCCUUUGUGAUCACUCAACAUGAAAAUUUAAUGUCUUUUAGAACCAUUCAUAAACUGGAUUUUCUGCUACAUGAAAAACAAUGUUCAAAAGAUUCUUUUUUAGAUCUAAAUGGAAAGCAGAAACUACUGCAGUAGUCAAGAUGAGCACAAUGGUUACUUCAUUGUGUCAACAUUAAGUCUAAUAUACACACGUAUGCUAGAAUGCUUUUAUACUUUUGUUUGGGGCAGCACAUUUUGCAAAAUUACAAAAAACAGCAUGGAUAAAACUAAGGGGAACAUGUUUUUUCUUUUUUAUUUAAAACAGCUCUGUUGUCUUCAUGAGAAACAAACAUACCCUCUGUGUGAGAAGAGUGCCAGUGUUCUUUCUUUUUUGGUAGCAAUUUACUCAAAUCUCCUGAAUAGUCACCUUCAAGUUUGAUAGCUCUAAACCAGUCUAAGAUCAGUGGCAGAUAAGUAAGGGUACAAAUCUUGGGUAUGUUGACUGCUAAGAGCAUUCUUAGAAAGAGAGUGUGCAUCCUGCAUGCGUCCUAGUGCAGAGAGGCAGGGGUGGAAGCCCAGUAACGAGAACAUGUUAAUUCUACAGGGCCCUUUGGUAGGGAUCCCCACAGGUAAGAGGAAACAGCCCUAGAAUGCACCAGAGACAGAGGAAUAAAAUGAGUUAGCAUAUGGGUGGAGAUGGAAAUGCUUGUUCUCCAUGAAGCAAGGGAACUCUUCCCAACUGGUCCUCUAUGCUGCUGGAUGCUUGAACAAAGUUUCUUAUCCUUCCUGAGCAGGACAGGGUUGGUCCCGCUAUCAGCAAAUGAAUAUUGAAGCCCUCUGAGGCUCCUGGGUCUCUGGAAAACCUCUUAGUGUUACUCCCAGCUAUGUAAUGGGUGGCAUGCAGAGUCAGUCCUGAACCAAUCUUGUAAAGUGAUGUGAAGGGCAAUUUUACUGCUGGAGGAGGUAGGGCAGGGUCAUUCCUCUCAGAAGUAGUAUGAGGCUUUCUUUAACAGAUUGGUGGGGUCUCUAGCAUCUCUCUGCAUUCUUUCCUGUGUGGAAGGCUGCAACAGCAGAGGGGAUCUGUCUUGCCCCUUGAUGGGAUCAAAGAUUCUCUAUCCCUUCUCUGCAGUUGCGAGAAUAACAGAGGAGAGACGUAGAGCUGCUCCUUGUAAAAGGGUGCAGAGCCUUCUUGAGAGGAGUAACUCCUAGACAGCUGGCCACCUCCCUUGAGUUGGAAUGACAAGCUGUAGAAACACUUGACACUAGAAAAGCAAAGGUCUCACCACACCCACAUUCUCACUGGUGCCUCACCUGCCACAGGUAUGUGCGUUCAACUUCCACUAAAAAUAUCUCAACAGGUUGGAGGGGCAGGAAAUCGUCUCUUACUGUGACUACUCCAUGAGGGCUAGGUCAGAGGGUGUUUGUAUAACUGAAGUGGAAUGGGGAGCGUCUAAAGAUGUAUUUGGUCAAAACAGAAUUUGCAGCCAGGCUAAAGCAAAAUCUGUAGCUGAUCUAAUGAAAUGUGAGGGGAAAAGAAUGGAGCGAGACCUGUCUGUCCCUGGAUAAAAGAAAUAUCAGAAAUAGUUCAGAAAACAUCAGCACUGGUAUGUGUGUGGCUGCAUACUUUUGUACAUCAACUGAUGCCAGUGUGUUUGUUCAGUCAGGAGGACUCUUGAGGGGCAGUUCUGAAGCACACCUCUCUGCACACCUCGAGUCUUUGCACACCAGGGAGCUGAAGUGGAGGAUUAACCUUAGUGUGACGUAAGCUCUGGGGAAACGUUUCACCGGGAGGUUGUUCAAGAAGGUGAGAAGAUGCCAAUGUCGGCUCCCCGAGGCUGCGGCAGCAUCGAUGCUGACUAUUACCUACUCUGUGACAUGGAGAAGGCCUGGGGGAUUGUCCUGGAGUCACUGGCUGCAGCUGGCGUCCUCAUCACCAUUUUCCUCAUCUGCUCGCUCUUCUUUCUCAUCUGUAAAGUCCAAGACAACAGCAAGCGGCACAUGAUCUCCGUCUAUUUCUUCUUUCUCUUAGGCACGCUCGGCAUUUUUGGUCUCACUUUUGCCUUCAUCAUUCAACUCAAUGACAGGACUCGCCCCACUCGCUUCUUCCUAUUUGGAGUCAUCUUUGCUCUCUGCUUCUCAUGCCUCCUCACCCAUGCCUGCAACCUCAACAAACUAGUGAGAGGAAGAAAGCCCUUCUCCUGGCUGGUGUUGCUGCUCCUCAUUGUUUCCUUUGCCCUGGUACAAGUUGUGAUCAGCAUUGAGUACUUGGUCACCAUGUUAGUAAACCAGAAAGACAAAUUUCUGAAUAUGUCUGCGGAGGAGACCAACAAGGACUUUGUCAUGCUUUUGAUCUACGUGCUCUUCUUGAUGGCUCUGACCUUCUUGGUUUCCAUGUUCACAUUCUGUGGGUCAUACAAAAGCUGGAAGAGACACGGGGCGCACAUCUUUGUCACUAUCCUGUUCUCCAUUGCCAUUUGGGUAGUGUGGAUCACUAUGCUCACAAAAGGCAACACGGUUUUAAGCAAACGUAGCUGGGAUGAUCCUGUCGUGGCCAUUGCUCUGGUGUCCAAUGGAUGGAUCUUCCUGAUAAUGUAUAUCGUCCCUGAAAUUUGUUUCCUCACUGCCCCUCUGAAGCUGGGGGACUACCCUCCAGAAAAUGACUUCUGCCAACCCAAGUUCAUAAAGCAGACAACUGGAGUGGACAACCGUGCCUACACCCAAGAUGAAAUUGUGCAAGGAGACACAGGAGACCUCAGCUACUCCCCAUACUCCUCUCACUUUCAGAUGAAGACCAUUGAACCCCAAAAUGAAUUCUCCAUCCCUCGGCCCAAGGCCCGGACAAGCCCGUACCAUGACUACACUGGUGGGAAAGGCCCCAUGUAGCAGCUCCUCGGCGAGCAAAGAGACAAAGCGCCCGUCAGCAGAGGUGUGGGGAAUGGGCCACGUGGUGACAAGUGAGUCGAUCCUGCAGAAGAGGCUGAGUCGACCCACACCGGCAAAAGAGGAGAGGGGUCCUCUU